AUGGUCCAAAUCACAGAGUUCGACGACGAGAAUGUGCCGCUCAUCGAGUCCAUGAAGGAGCUGACUCCGGGGCUGCCACGACAGCGACGAGACCGCACACAACUCGCCCAAGCUCGACUUGGCCCUGAUGGCAAGCCAAAGUACCUGAUUGACGACAUCCCCGACCACGAGAAGAUGCGGCUGAUCCGCGAGUCAGGCGUGCUGAAGCAGAUGAAGCAGGACGGCAAGGAGGUCGACUACGACGAGCUAGACCGGCUCGAGGCCGAGGCAGAGCGUGCCGAAGACGAAAUUCCCACGUGGAUGAAUGCUCUCAUCUACACGCUGGCGCUGUCGUCCGUGUACGGGCUGUUUGAGGCCCUGGUCAGCCAGCAGUACAGCAUCGAGAUCACGGCAACAGAGAUCCUGAAGCGCAUGCUAAACAUGUCGCCAGCCAUAUACUUUAUGGUGUAUGUCACAUACAAGUUCCGGUUCUCUCGGGCCAUGUCGCUGGUGAUGCUGGUCUUUGCCUGCGCCAGCGGAUGCUACUUUGUGCACCUGAGCCUGCACGCUCCGCGUCUGGGUAUCAUGAAGCGCGCUCCAGGACUUGUUACCAUCUGGAUCUACCUGACGUUUAUGCAGGAUGUGCGCCCAGCCAUCAUCAACGCGUUCGUCGUGUGCGCGUUCUGGCUAGCAGAUCCGUUCAAGUUCCGGCUUUAA